AUGAGAGACAAAUACAUAGUAUUAAGAGCAUUACGAGAUGUGAAUGUACCCAAGUUUCUAGCUGAUGAUCUUGUUUUGUUCAAGGGUAUUAUAUCAGAUUUGUUCCCAAGAGUUGAAAUUCCGAUAGUGGACUAUGGUAUCAUGGAACAGUCCAUAAGAAAUAUGCUUAUCAAAAGGGGCUAUGAUGACUUAUACAGACUGAUGGUAUUCUUUCAAGUCUGGUUCGAGCUGGAAUCGCAGUUGAGGAUACUGAUCGUCGCUGGUACGUGUUUGAUGGACCUGUCGACGCUGUGCUAUAGAAAAUAUGAACACUUACUUAAAGUCCUGGAACUCCUAGACUAUAGAUUGAGACCUCUUACUGGUAAAGACGACAGACCACCUCCCGGAGCACCAUUUUUAGCACUCAUGCCGCGACUUUCACCGUGUUGGGUUAUCUGGCCAUUAAUAUGGUCCGUGGGAGCCACUUGUGAUCACAACGGUCGGGCAUUGUUUUCCGAUUUCAUAAGAAAUCUUAUGACGCAAAACGAAACCAAGCCUCCAUUCCCCAAGGAAGGGAGGGUGUAUGAUUACACGCUUCAUGAUGGUGGUUUCACCGAUCCUACUGAAGAUGGUGAACCAGCAAACCCAUUCUGGUACAGUUUGAUGGAAAAUCUUGAAGAAUAUGAAGUAGAUCCUGAAUGGCAAUAUGCAGGUUGGUACGACCGUACAAAUAUUGGUGAAUUUAAGACUUUGGUUGACGUGAAUAUGGUAGCAGCAAUGGGACCUCCAGGUGGGGGUCGUAAUCCUCUCACUAUGAGAUUAAUGCGACAUUUUCACUAUAUGUCAUUCACUGAAAUGGAAUACAAUAGCAAGAACGAAGACGAUGUGAUAAGAUUGUGGUAUCAUGAACACCAACGUAUGUAUCAAGAUAGAUUGGUCAAUGCAGAAGAUCGGGAUUGGCUAUUAAAUAAAAAGAUCACCACUGAAUUCAAAAAGAAACCAUCUGAGGUGUUAGGAGGUAGAUGGAUGUUGUUUGAUGACUUCAUGGACAUAGGCACUGAUGAUAAAAAAUACGUUGAAAUUGUUGAUCAAGAAGAACUGGAUGAGGUGUUAGCUCACUAUCUCGAUGAUUAUGAUUUAUCUUCCACGGCUCCUUUGAAUCUGGUUUUGUUCGAAGAUGCUGUAGCUCAUUUGUGUCGUGUCGCAAGAAUCAUGAGACAACCAAUGACCAAUGCUCUCCUAUUGGGAAUGGGUGACUCUGGACGUCAAUCAUUAUCCCGGCUAGCGGCAAACAUGGCCGAAUUACAGUGCGUGCAGAUAGAAAUAACAAAAGCUUACGGACAGUCAGAAUGGCGAGAUGAUCUCAAACAAACUAUGAUGAAAGCUGGCGCUGAAAAUAGGGGAAUAGUAUUUUUAUUUUCAGAUGCACAGAUUAAAAUGGAAUCAUUCCUUGAAGAUCUAAACAAUAUUCUAAGUUCUGGUGACGUUCCUAAUAUUUGUGAAGCCGAAGACCUUGAUACCAUCUUCAUGUCAGUCCGACAUACUGUCAUGGAAAUGAAUCUAACGGCUACUAAAACAAACCUCUUCGCUUGUUAUCAACGUAGAGUGAGGAGCAAUUUACAUAUUGUUAUUGUUAUGAGUCCUGUUGGAGAGGUUUUUAAGGCCACAUGA